UGCACGCAUGUAAACAAGGGAAUUCGAACGGCCUCGGAAAAUCCGAGGGAAAACUGUUCUGUGUGGAAGCGUCGUCAUAACCUCUGUUAUGUGUGAAUAUCAAGGAGUUGUGCGAAAAUGUGAGCGUUGCGUGGCCGGUUAUUAUUAUGGACCACGAGCUCGAGGCGGAUGCCCUUAAGCUCCCGGAGGAGGCGACGCAAGAGGAGCUGCCCAAGCAGGAACGAGCCUGUCAGACUAACAGUAGUCCUGUCAGUACUUGGAGGCUGGUCAAUGCAGCAACUGCAGCAUCCCAGCAGACCAAGGUACCACUGACAGUGACAGCCAACAAGCUAUCCUCACCAGUGAUGGAGUAUUAUCAAAACGAUGCUUUCAGGUUUGCCCAGAACAAAAACUUGAAUCAGUAUUUCUCUCUAUCUGAUUUGGCUGCCAAUCCUUUGAAAGAUGCCAAGUAUUACUACAGUAUUUAUGAGUUGACUCCUAAAUAUGUUUCUGGUAGUCAAAGUUACACUGAAUCAGAUUAUGCUUUGAACUCAUAUUUGCCCAGAGAAAGGAAGCGCUGGACGAGACCUGCUCUGAUUGGCCAGUCUUCUUCUGUUAAUGGUACUUCUGAUUACAUUCAGUCGAUGACAGAACAGUCGGCGCAGAGUCUCACGGAGAACCAGCAAUACCAACAAGAGCCAGAAUCCUUACUUUGCGAGAACGCGGAUACAAGUACCGAAGGUCUGGUGAUAACUGAAGAGAAAAGCACGGCGACGACUUCUCAAACGUCACCUCUGCUGACGAUAGAGCAUAAAACGACAACGUCACCAACGUCGAGUGUCGCCUCGCACAAACCACUCGAGUGGGAUAGUGGAGCUGACGUUGGAUAUCAGUAUCAAGCCACGAACGGUGGUGUUAGUACAAUUGAACGCAUGGCCGUCAAGGCACUCAGACUGGAUCCUGAAGGUACCACUGAGCAUCAACAGCUAGUUGUUAAUGACAAAACAGACAUAGAUAAGAAUGUUAUUGGUGGCAAACCAGAUGCCAAUUCUACGCCGUUACUCGGCAAUGUAACUGGUAGUGACAGCGAGAUUGAGAUUACGCCGAUUGUUAAAAGUCAUACGUCUGGAAUUAUAGCUGGAGACAGAGCUUCGUCUGAGGAGGUCGAUGGGGUGAAAACUAGAAGUGAUCCGCUCAAGGAGACAAAAAAUGCUUGUAUCGAGACACCAAAAUCAGCCAACGUGUUCAAGCUGCCGCUCGCAUUGAGUUAUUCUUCAGACGAACCUAGUAAAAGUAAAUCAAGAGUCACAGUGCCGACGAUUGUCAGUUCUUCCAAAGAACGCAGCAGAUCAGAUAAGUCAUCAGAUAGCUCGUCACCGUUGAAGAAGAGCUCGUCGAUGAACUUGCUUGCGGCAGUUUCACCGACACGAUUACCUCUUAAACGGAGUCAGAGCGAAUUAAACUUGUGGGGUAAUGAAAAAGCUCUGCCACGGCUAAUCUUUAACUCAACGUCUUCCAUCGCUACCGUGGUUAAUAAUAUUAAACCACCCACCUGUAAUAAACUUAUACAAACAAGCAUGAGAAUUUGUGCUCAAGAAUCCAUUGGUGUUCAGGUUUCAGUACUCAAAGAUGAGGAAAGACCGCCACUUCCAAAGAGAGCAACAAGUUUAGCACCAAGAUCUCUGAAUUCCAUUUUAAAAGGGUCCAAAAGUACAUUUAAGAUUCAGAAUCCGAAAAAUAGUUCUAGUAUAAAAAACAAAUCGACUUCCAAAGAGGAAGAACAGCAUGAAAAAGAAAUAGAAAGUAGUUCUGAUCAAUCUUCUCAAAAUGCUUCUUUGACUCCUUGUGCCGAUGAUACUGAAAAUAUCACUGGCAGGGCCAAUAGUUUCGAAUAUUUUCCAGGUCACAUUUACGAAAAUGUUCCGAAUGGUAGUUCCAGUCACGUAUCUUCGGUGGACACCGGGCGCUCCAAUUCUACAAUGCCAAACACGAGUUCAAGUAUUGAAGAGAAAUUAUGGGGUGACUCGGACAGCUUAGUUCGCGACCUUGAGCGAAGCAUUCAUAUUCUUAAGGGUCUCGUUGACGCGAACAAGCUGGACAAGCAAGUGAAGAAACGAUUGAUCCAUCACGUGGUCAAGCGCCUCGUCACCGCUAAGUACACUGACGAUAAGAUUGAACAUAAUUUGGAGGAAAACGUGCCUUGGAAUCCUGCGGACGCCAGAAAUAAAGUGUAUAGGACGGAAAUUAUCCAAGCUCUGGCAAAAAAUACAACUGAUUCGUCAGAUGAUUGGAAGCCGACCCAGAAGAAAAAGAGUCCCAAAAAAUCGGCUCCUGCUAAGGAGUCUAAAGCGAUGAAAGAUAUGAUUAGUAUGCCAGCCGAAAUCGAAAGUAGCAACAGUGACAAAUUCGACAGAAAUACGGACCGAACCGUGAUGGACGGACGGAAAGCGAGAAUGGGUUUACGAGCAGACGACUGCGAAAGACGUAACAGUUCGAAUACGCCGACAAACAAAAGCGAAAGCUCCGAAUGCUUUCUACCUCAACGUCAGUUCGCCAAAAUCGAUAAGAUGAAGGAUAUGUUUAUCACAUCCACUUCUAACAGCUCACCGCAAGAUCAAAAUAGGGCACUGUUAGACGCAGUUGUCAACAGUCGGCGAAGUCCAGUCGAUUCGAGCAACGAAGCAGGAAAUAGUGCCGAUUGGCGAAUGCCUACGACGAUGUCCGAGCGGAGGUACGAGAUGCGUCGUUGCAGUAAUUCUGAUUCGGGUGAUACGAAACUUGUUUCUUAUGCGGAAAUGGAGAAACAGAACCAAUUAAUCUGGAUCACUAAUGAAAUCAGUCAUUUGUCCAAUCUUAAGAAACUUCUUGAACAACCAAAGACCAAACCAGACAGACCCUGCAAACCAUCGCCGCGGAAAACAAAACAAUCAUCGUCGAAGCAGCAACAGCAACAACAACAAAAGUCUUACCAUCGUUUACAAAACGAUGACCUUGAUGACGUUCGUUUGAACAGGCAGUGGUCAUCUCACUGUAACCUUGCCACCUGUCCAUCUCCCUGUACGAAUUCGAUAAAGAGACUGAAAAAGAGGAACAGUUCGACGCAAACAGCUACGGAAAAUUCGGCUGCAUAUUCAAGGACCGGCAGUGAAAUUGUAUCGGCAAGGAUUCAAAGUCCUAAUGAGAAGGUAUCGCAUGUAUGCGUUCAAACUUCAAGAACAACAUCAGCUCUUCCCCGUUCAUCUCAGACAUGUUCAAGUUGUCCCGUGCAUAGACCAGCAACAGCUACAAACUACACGUGUGCUGAACAAGCAUGUACGUUUUGUAGAUCCAAAAACAGAUUGCAUCGACGACAAUUCUCCUCUGAUGAAGAUAAAAACGAGGCUAGGUUUAUGUGCAAUGACUCCGAAGAUGCUAAAGCAGCGAAGAAUCAUUUGAAUGCCAAUAAAUUGAAAUGUACCUGUGAAAGCAACGACCAAGUCAGUCAAAAUUUGAAAACAGAUAGACCGAAGAAGUUGGCAACUGCAAUUCAAACUUGUAAAGAAUGUCAUUGCGAAGAUUCAAUGUGCUCGUGCUUGAGAUACAAAAUAGUUCAAUCGACAUGUCAGUCUUCGCGUGACUGCGAAUGUGCUAAUAAACUCGUUUGCGGCUUUGAAAAGUUACAAAUGCGCGAUAAUCCACCUUCAAGGAAAAAACUCUUUGAAAAAUCGGCUUGUACUUGUAAAUAUAAAAACUCUGAAGUAGCGCCCAGUACUAGAACAGAGUGUAAUCAUCAUUCCAGUCAAGGAAACGCGUGUGAUUUUCUUAAUUCUAAUCAAAGUCCAAGCUCUCGAAAUUGCUGUUGGGUGCAUCAGGCGGAAGAUCAAAACAAACUUUUUAACGGUGCAAAACCAAAACACGCAGUGAAAUCGCUGACAAACGACUGCAAAUGUUGUAGGCUUUGUGGUACAACUUAUCAAACUAAUCGACAAUGCAAUUGUGCUCCGAAGGUUUAUCCAAAAGCAGUUGCCUACGAACUAUCCUUUACGAAUGAUAAUGAUAAAGUCAGUUACAAUAUGCCUGAAAAAUCGAGCGUUGGUGUAGAGGUGACAAAUAUUGAGAAAAAUACUCCAGUCGUUUCGAGCGCCAGAUCUCAGGAGCCACUGAACCACGGCAGUUGUACUUAUGGUAUGCAGCGUCCGUUCAAACGUUGUGAUUGCAAUUGUAAAGAUAAACAGUCGCAAACAUGUGACGAUAAAAAAACUACACUGCAGGGAUAUUUAGCUACUAAUCAUCCUCGAUUUGCUGACAACGUUGAAAGUCGUCGACAGUAUGUUUCUGAAAUUCAAAGACUCCGCCAGUUGAGGAAAGAUCGUCGAAUGCAAUUACUUGCAAUGACAACGACCCCUAAUAUUUUUUCUCCUCCUCAACAACAUAAAGUUAUCCAAAAUGUACAAAUGAAAAUUUCUGAUCAAGAAAUGAAGGCUAGAUUACGAAAACGAUACUUUCAAUUAUCAGAGGUACGAGCGAAACGAAAAGAACAGCAAUUACAGGAGCAGGCACGUUGUAACAAACUGAUGGCAAAAAUAUUUUGUAAAAAGCUACAACAAAAGGUUUUAAAGGGGCAAGUUAAUCUGUCGCAGAGCGUGAGCGUUAUAUCCAAUCUGUAGUGUCAAACGUGUUCUAUAGUAAAAUCAAGAUUUAUACGUAGAUUAAUUGGAUAAGAAUAUCAUACUUUACCAGUUUUUCAAUCGGACUAGAACGAAAACUUUUUGAUACAACUAUAUAACUUAGAGUGCCUUCCAAAGCAUAAAAGAUUUUAUGGAAUAUUUAAAUAUCAAUUUCGAGUCUUACGAACAAUUCAUCUAAAAAUAGGUUUGACAAAUUUGAUCAUAAAACUGGUGAAGAUGAAAAUUCGCGUCCUUCUUAAUAAAAACUUAAUACUCUUAUUUACAAUUCAUGUGAAUUUAAAUAGUAUUAACUAAGAGAGUUAUAAUUUUAUAAUUUAUUUGUAUAAUAGAUAUUCAUUUACAACUAAUAACUAACAGUAAAUUUGAUAUUGUGCAAGGAGUUGUUUCGAAGAUUACAGAUCUUCGGUAAUUUUUCUUACACAUAGAAAUUUUUUAUUGAUCAUAUAUUAUACCAGAUCUAUCGUGAAUUUAUUAGUUUUAAAAUAUCUGUUAUUGUAAGUAAGUAUUUAUCUUGAGAAAAGUAUUAUUUGUACUGGAAAUUUUUUUCAAUCAAUCAGAAAGACUGAAAAUAACAUAUAAAAGAAGUUAAUAUUCAACAGUAUGUAUAUGAAGCAUGACAAGUAUCGAAUGAUCGCAACAUGACAUUGUCUUUUCUUAUAACUGGACAUAAUAUAAAAUUGUAUUGAAGUAUUUUUAGUCUAUAAUUUGUAGAUUUGUGUAAACAAGAAUUAAUCAUAAAGCAAAGUCUGAAAUUUCCAUUAAAUAUAAAUUUUAAUAUAAGCAUUUAUAAGUUUAUAAGUACAACUUAGAAGAGAUUCCAAAUGAAUUUUAUCAAUUUAAAAGAUUAUUCAAAGUACACUCAAGGUUUCUCAACCAUAUAAGGAUCUUUCUUGUACAAAAUAAUCUUGAAGAUAUUUUCAUUUGAAUAGAAAUGAGCCUAGUACCUGAAACAUAGUACACAAUUCUUUUCAUUAAUUCAUUUAGAGUAGGUUUUUUCUUGCCAUUUUACAUAAUUUUAGAAUGUACGCUAUUAUUCGAUAAAUAUUAAUAUUUGAUUUGAGAUUCAUCGGAUCAAUAAAUAUGUAUUGUAACCAUCUGACGUACCCCAGUGCCUUGUCUCUACAGAUUUCGAAAUUAUAGUUUUAAAAAUUUUAUUUUUAUUUGUUGUCUCUCA